AUGGGUACCGGUGGCCACGAAUACGGGAUCAAAAACGUGUCCGUGGAUGCGCAGUUGAAACUGAUACCUCUGAACACCGGUGUACCCGUGCCCGCUCAGUCAACUCGGGCAUAUGCCGGAAUACCUGCGGGUGCGCCCAUGCUUGAGGAAGCUGCAACUACGCAUAAUAUGGAUUGUGCAUCUUACUUUAACGAUACAGAAUAUUAUCUGUCACCGUCCUGA